AUGGGCUGUGGAACUUCUGCAAAUAGUGAAACUGUCGAUACAGAUAGUAGAAAAGAUAUCGAUGAUUUAAUGGGCAAGAAAAUACCCAAAUUUCUUAUACAACCUCAAUAUACUACUUAGGGAGUUCAGCAAUCGGAGAUGUCAGAUGGAGAGGACCAGAAAAAUGAUAUUCAAGGGGACUAUCAUAGACAAGGAAAAAAGGCGUAGAAAAAAUUUAAAGGUGGGGAUGAACAAAAUGUUCAAAUAGUGGAGAACAUUAUUAAGUUGGAUAAGACAAUAUAAAAGAGUGAUAGAUAAAUGAUAGAGAAGAGUUUCAAGAGCCAUUUUGUAUUUUUUAAUUUGACUCAAUAAGCCAUCGAUUAUCUUAUAAAAAACUUGGUGUUCUGCACAUAGAAAAGAGAUUAGUUCAUAUUUCAAUAGGGAGAUUAAGCUACAUCUUACUUCAUCGUACAGAAAGGACAAGCUGAAGUUAUCAUAAACCAAAAAUAAGUUAAAGUGAUAUCAGAAGGAGACUAUUUCGGAGAGAUUGCCUUGUUAUACAAUGCCACAAGAAGUGCUUCAAUCAAAACCAUCACUGACUGUAAUUUUUGGAUGCUCGACAGAGGAACCUUCAGGAAGGCAGUUGAAGAUAUGAUGAUAAAAGAAUAUGACGAGAACAGAAAGUUUAUAAACGAGGUUACAUUCUUUUCUUUUAUGACUCCUGAGCAAAGGGACUCAAUUGCUCAUGCCCUAAUUACAACUAAAUUUGAACCAGGAGAAACAAUUGUAAAUGAAGGAGAUUAAGCAGAUUCCUAUUAUGUAAUUAAGUCAGGCACUGUUGGAGUAUUCAAAGGGAAAAAGUAGAUUAACACUAUGGGACCAAAAGACAGUUUUGGUGAACAGGCUUUGUAUGAGAAAAGCACUAGAGGAGCAUCCGUUAGAGCAGAAAGUGAGGUCAAGUGUUUGGCAUUAGGAAGAGACAAUUUAACCAAAAUAUUGGGAGAUAAAGUUUAGUUGAUUAUCUUCAACAACAUAAUGAGAUGGAGUCUAGAAAAAAGCAGCAUUUUGAAUUAGCUAACAAAAUUACAAUAGGAAAAGAUUACCUUGAAGGCCAAGAUAUAAAAUUACAAAAAAGGAUAAGUUAUAUUUUAGAAAGAUACUAAGUGUGAAUAAUUAGUAAUAGUACUCGAAGGAACAUUACAAAGUGAUGAUGAUAAAAUAGGUAAAGGAAAUUGUUUUGGUGACUAAUUUCUGUCUCAAAACAAAAAGAAUGAUUUGUUAUCUAGUGAUUAUUUAAUGGUUACUGAUGGUGUUUUAGCAACCAUUUCCUUUAUUUAAAUGUUUAAGAUUCUUGGAGGAGAUUUUGAAACUGCAAUCUAAAAGAAAUUUGAAUCCCAUGAAGUAAAAAUUAAAAACAUUGCGAAUAGAGCAGAUGCUUCUCAUAUUCGUGUUGAGGAUCUAGUUUUCAUUAAGAAAUUAGGAUCUGGCUAAUUUGGAUGGGUUUAUCUAGUUAAACAUAAGGAUAUUGAUAGUUGUUAUGCACUGAAGAGUGUAUCUAAGGCUUCAAUUGUUGAGUAAAGUUUAGAAAGACAUGUUUUACAAGAGAAAAUGGUUUUGGAAUUAUGCAAUUUCCCAUUUGUGAUGCAAUUUGUCAGAACAUUCAAAGACGAAAUAUCUGUUUACUUCCUUGUCUAAUAUAUCAGAGGAAUGGAGCUCUUCGAUGUGAUCAGAGAAAUCGGAUUAUUGAAUAAGGAACAAACCCAGUUUUAUAUUGGAACCAUGAUCUUGUGUUUGGAAUAUCUCCACUCCAAUGGAAUUGUCUAUAGAGAUUUAAAGCCUGAGAAUAUAAUGGUUAAUUCUGACGGCAUCAUGAUUAUGAUAGAUCUGGGAACUGCAAAAUAAAUCAGUAAAGCCAAAGGAUAAAGAACUUACACCAUUAUCGGCACUCCACAUUACAUGGCCCCUGAGAUCAUUCUUGGUAAGGGUUACUCUUAUCAUGUUGAUUUGUGGAGUGUAGGCAUUUGCUGCUAUGAAUUCCUAUGUGGAGGAGUGCCAUAUGCUGAGGACAUCGAGGAUCCAUAUGAGAUAUAUGAAGAAAUCAUGAACAACCAAUUAAAGUUCCCUCAUUUCUUCAGAGAUCGAUCGGCUAAAAGAUACAUUGAACAGUUGUUGUCUAAACAACCUGAAGCUAGAUUAGGAACUUCCUAUGCUGGUUUAAAAGCCCAUGCUUGGUUUGAUGAUUUUGAUUGGGAUAAACUAUUCAGUCAUUAAUUACAACCGCCUUAUAUUCCCCCCAAAGAAAGAUUGAUUGGGGAUUUCGAGAUCGAUAAAAAGUUCUAAUAAGGCAAACUAGUUGUAUCCGAGAUAAAGACAGAAUAGCAAUAACAGAAAAUAAAAUACAGAAAGGAAUUAGCAAAAGAUCCAAAUUGGGAUAAAUCAUUUUGA